AUGGCGGGCAGGUGUGGGGGAGGCCCAAGUCAUAGAGGUGUCAUCCGAGCACCACCCCGCCACCCAACCAUGCUACGCAUGGUGUUGGAGGCGCUGCAGGCAGGAGAGCAGCGCCGGGGCACCUCGGUGAUGGCCAUCAAGGUUUACAUCCUGCAAAAGUACCCUACGGUGGAUGCCAUCCGGCUCAAGUAUCUGUUGAAGCGGGCCCUGGACACUGGCAUGCAACGCGGCCUCCUCGUCAGGCCUACCAACUCCAAGGCCAAGGGAGCCACUGGCAGCUUCAAAUUAGUUCCCAAGCACAAAAAAAAAAUCCAGCCCAGGAAGACAGCCACUGUGACUGUGCCCAGGAGGCCUGGUGAGGUCAAGGAGGAGGCCCCCCAAAAAGAUGGCCAGACCAAGAACGGAGAGGCAAGAGUGGGCAAAGCCAGGAAGGCCCCCCAACAGCCAGACAAGGCCACAAAUGCCCCUCUUGGUGCCAGUGGGCCCCAGGGGAAGUCAAAGGUCAAAGGCAGAAGGAGCAGCCCAGAUGCCAAGGCCCACAGGAGAACCAAAGCUGGGAGUCAGAGUUCAAAACCCACAGUCACCAAGAGCAAGAGUGGUGCUGCUUCCCAAGCCAAAAAGAAGAUGGAGAACAAGGUCCCUAAAGAGGCUGCUGCCCAGGGGGCGGGGGAAGGGCCAAAAGCCAAGGCUGCUGCUCCUCCUAAAGGUGGUGGAUCCAAGACGGUGCCUGUACCACUGACCAGGAAAACAGAGGUCCUCAAGGGCCCGAGAAGGCCUGGCAAGCCCACCAAGGCCUCGUCCUCCAAAGGGGCCAGUAAGAAGGCAGAAGCCAAGAGCUAG